UUGUCCAACUUGUUGACAGGAGCUGAAAUAAUCGACGUCACGUACUAGUACCUGUCGAUUCUCAAAAGAAACUUUGGCAUGAUUGGCAUUAUAUAAAAAGGCCGUCAUCUUUGUGUCGAUCGUCACAUUCAAGUCCAACCGAUUGCGGACAGCACACAGCACACAGCAAGAUGAAAUUGUCGCUCCUGACUUUGCUCCUGGUGGCUGCCGUCGUCUGCAUCUCGGUCACCGAUUCGGCACCCAGUUGGCCCAGGUUUAGAGCUCGUCGAUUGCGUAAUCGAACGGAAGCCCCGGCUGAAGAAGCCGCUCCUGAGGGCAAAAAGGAAGAAAAAGCGGAAGCCAAAGCGGAAGCGGCUCCGGAAGAGGCCAAGAAAGAGGAGAAAACCGAACCGGCCAUUGAUUUUGGAACGCUUCCGGUUGAAACGGCUGCGGAAGAAGCUCCAAAAGAGAAGAAAGUGGAGGAAGCAGCUCCCGUGAAGCAGGAGGAAGCCAAGCCUAAAAAAGCGGCUAAAGUGGAGGAAGCGGAAGAAGCGGAAGAAGCGGAAGGACUUUCAGCCGAAGUCUGAAAAACAAUUCCAAUUCAAAAUGAGAAAAAGGCUAAACAGUAUGUGACACAAUUAUUCAAAUUGAUUUUGGUACACCUAAUCAUAUACGUAUUAAUCUCAGUGGUUAUAUUAGGAACUGAAAUGAUAUUAUUAUACCGAAAUUAUUGUUUGCUGAUCUUUAAAAUUUCAGUUGGACUUGAUGUCAAUAAAAAUUAAUUUCCAGUGUAA